AAGCCUUGUCAUCCUAUUGGAUAAAACGGGAAGCGUAUCAGUUGUGCGGAGGUAGGGAUUCCUAAAGUUCUGAAGGUCCGCGCAAAGAACGCAGGCAAUUGGGAAAACUACGCCUCUUAACACUUUGGAGAGAUAUGCAAAAAGCUGAACAACGCUGAACCGCUAGGAGGCGAUGUCUGACAAGGACAGCAACGGAAUUGUCGGCGGUUGGACCCAGCUCAUCCCCGAGGCAAGCUUUAAGGAUGAGGUCGAUUAUUUUGGGCCUGAGACUCCUGUUGAGAACAUAGGCCCAGAGGAUGAUGGGAUUGAAAGUGUUGCUGAAGCGCCAGGCCUCUGUGGGAAAGUGACAUGCAGCGGCACCGUGCCGGAGCCGGGUGAUUGGGCAGCGCCCCCGGACAGGGUGGAGUCAGGAGAGAGGCCUCACGGUGACCCUGCUCCUCCAGAAGCCCCUGUCGAGAGCGUAGGCCCAGGGCAUGAUGGGAAAGAGAGUCCCUCUGAGACGCCACGCCUCUCAGAGGAAGUGGAAGGGCCUGUUGCCGAGGAACAGCGAGGGGAUGGUGGGGUUCCCGCUGAAGAGGCUCUCUCCGAGGAGGGGCUGCAGGUCUGCCAGGAGACCGCAACGGAGGGAUCCGCCCCUUCCAGCCCCACUGUAUUAAGCCCCUCCCCUUCCAGCCAUGUGCCUUUGAUCUCCGACCAGGAGAGCCACGCCCCUGUUGGCCUGUACACUGAUGUCACCAGUCCGUGCUCUGACACUGAGGGUCUCAUCCCUGUUAGCUCGACCCCUGAUAUUUACACCCACGCAAGCUCCGCCCCUGAGCUCAUUGCAGCUGAUGGCCCCGCCCACAAGCUCUCCACCCACACAAGCUCCGCCCCUGAGGUCAUUACAGAUGAUGGCCCCGCCCACGAGCCCAGCGCCCACACAAGCCCCGCCCCUGAGAGUCUUGCCCCUAUUAUCCCCACUUCUGACGUUUAUACUGACGUAGCCCCCGAGCCCGUAGGCCCCGCCCCUGAUGCCGACGCUGACAUAAGCCCCGCCCUUGAGCCCCCCGUCCGUGACAGCCAAUGCCCAGCCUCCGUCCCGUCCACAUCCGCCACUGAAUCACAGGAAGUGGAGGAGCCCCAAAAGGAAGAGGAGGUUUCUGAGCCUGCUAAAAUCCUGGCAGAUGUUGUGCACCAAGAAGAUUUUCGGGGUGACUCUGGCCCCGAGGCCCCCUCCAGCGAGGCCUCGGAGGGGGACGGGUUAAGGAGAAGACACGUCCCACCCCCCGCCCCUGCAGAGCCCCUGUGGAGAGCGAGGGAGGAAGAGGAGGAGGAGGAGGAGGAGUUCCACCUGAUCGAGAAGAAGGAGGAAGGCGGCUGGAUGUCUCUGAACAAGUGCAUUGUGGGUGCUCUGGUGCUGCUCUGCCUGGGGUCCAUAAUAUUUACUGGUUACUUCCUUGACCUGGAUGGCGAAGAGGACUCCGCCCAGCCGAAAGACCCUGAGCUACACGGAAAACAGGAAUGGCUCAACCCCGACGCCAAGCUCCCGAAUCCGCAGGAGGUGUCACAGCUGCUGGGCAAACUUGCGGAAGUCAACCAGCAGGGGGCGAUACUUCAGGCACAGCUGCAGAAGGAGGAGCUGGACUUGGUGCUGCAGAAGGAGCCCCCUACUGGCCAGACGGAGAACCACACCGCAGUACACGGCGGCCUCUGGGAGGAGCAGAAGCAGGCGGUUGUGGAGGAGGGCGAUAUAGGGCAGGAAGAGGAGAAAAUGGCAGGAGGCCCAGGGAACGGAGUGAGGGAGGAGGAGAGGAGGACGGAAAGGGUGGAGGACCCAGCGUGGAGGGAAGGCGAGAGGAAGAGGCAGUGGAUGGGAAGAGUGAGGGAGGUCAGGAGGGACGGGCACCAGGAGAAGGAGUGGAAGAAAGGGAGGGAAGAGGGCAAGGAGUGGAGGCAGAGGGAGGAGAGAAAGGAGAAGAGGGUAGGGGAGGGCGACUGGAAGCACGGCAAGGACGGAGGGAAAGACAAGCGCAGGGAGUGGAAGGAGAAGGUGGAGAGGAGGCGGGCGUGGGAGACGGGGAGAGAGUGGCACAAAGGAGGAGAGAAGAAGAGCGAGGGGGCGUGGAAGGGGAAGACGGAGAGGAAGGAGCAGAGGCGAGAUGGAUGGCGGGGGGAUAAAAAAGAGGGGAAGGACUGGAAGAAGGAGAAGGAGUGGUGGAAGGCGCAGAGGGGCUGGAGAGGGAUGGUGAAGGAAAAGAGCGGGAAGGAGAAGCUCUGGCCGCAGGAGAAGAAGAAGACUCGAGCCCUGGACCAGGCGGACUACUGGCAGCGGCAGCGGGAGCGGCUGUGGAAACACCGCCCCCCGGUGGCCUGCGAGGGCGUGGCGGAGUGCGCCAGGAAGGAGGGCCUCGCGCCCGUGCAGCAGGCCGAGUUCGGGGCGCUCCUGGGGUCCUACCUGGCGAGGCUCGGCGGCGACCACGCCGGGGAGAGGAGGGACGCCGUCGUCUCGCUGGUCGGCGAGUUCUUCGCGGACGGGGUCUUCCGGCACCGCCGCGUCCCGUUCCACGAGUUCGCGGAGGACGUGGCAGACGUGCUGGAGGACCUGGUGGAGGGGGACCGGGGGGCCAAGGAGGAGAUGGAGGAGUUCGAGAGGGAGGCGCUGAGGAGGUUCGCCCUGGCCGGCGGAGGAGAGGGGGAGGGACGGAGGAGAGGCUGAAAGGAGGAGGAGAGAUGGAGAGAGAGAGAGAGGGGGGGGAAGCAUUGGAGGAGGGAGAUGAAAGGGCUAAAAUGAGAGAGGGAGGGAGGGAGUGGGUUUUCAAUAGACUUUGCCGAUUUGUAGUUUCAAACAUUAGGUUUUGGAUGUGGGCGGUAAACUGUGGAAACUAUUAAUUGGUUAGCACUGAACCUGGUGCAUCCCAAAAGGGUGUGACCCCGAACGUCCGGCGUUUCCCAAUUCAAGUCUCGCGUUUUCGCGGGCGAUCGGCCAUUAACUCUACCUCUUCUACAGUGUUACCGGCGGCCAUUUUGUGAAUCCCACUAGCGCGCUUAAUGCAAUGGACUACUUUACUUUCUCAUCUGAACUUUAUUGAGC